AUGGAUGAAUGUGUAGAAAUUUCCAGUGAUGGAAAUUCCCUAAUUAAAGCAGUCCAUCAGAGCCGGCUUCGCCUUACAAGACUCUUAUUGGAAGGCGGCGCCUACAUCAAUGAGAGCAAUGACCGUGGGGAAACACCUUUAAUGAUUGCUUGUAAGACCAAACAUGUUGAUCACCAGAGUGUCAGUAAAGCCAAAAUGGUUAAGUACCUGUUAGAAAACAAUGCUGAUCCCAACAUACAGGACAAAUCUGGGAAAACUGCCUUAAUGCAUGCUUGCUUAGAAAAAGCUGGUCCUGAAGUUGUUUCGUUGCUCCUAAAGAGCGGGGCUGACCUCAGCUUGCAAGAUCAUUCUAGUUCCUCGGCCCUGGUUUAUGCUAUAAAUUCAGAAGAUAGAGAGACCCUGAAAGUUCUCCUUAGUGCUUGCCAGGCAAAGGGGAAAGAGGUCAUUAUCAUAACGACAGCAAAAUCGCCCUCUGGCAGGCACACCACCAAACAGUACUUAAAUAUGCCUCCUGGGGGUAUGGAUGGGUGUCAUACUCCAGCCACCUGUGCCACUCCUUCAGAAAUAGACUUAAAAACAGCCUCAUCACCACUUUCACAUUCUUCUGAAACUGAAACGACACUUUUUGGCUUUAAAGAUACGGAGCCUGCAGGAAGCAGUGACGAUACUGGGGAUCGAGGCUCCCCUGUGAGGAAGCCUGCUCUAACCCCUAAUGGGCCCAAGCUCCCUCAGGCUCCUCACUGGAUCAGGAGUCCUCCUUUAUUAAUGCACAGAGUGGCCUCCUUACAAGAGGAGCUUCAGGAUAUUACUCCAGAGGAAGAAUUAUCUUACAAAGCCAACCGGCUGGCACUUUCCAAGCGAUUCAUUACUAGGCACCAAAGUAUUGAUGUAAAAGACACUGCGCAUUUGCUAAGAGCCUUUGAUCAGGCCAGCUCAAGAAAGAUGUCAUUUGAUGAAGUAAAUCAUCAGUCAUUUUUUUCGGAAGGAAAUCAGCAAUGCAUUGACAUCCCAGUGGAUCAGGACCCAGACUCUAACCAGACAAUAUUUGCUUCCACCCUAAGAAGUAUAGUUCAAAAAAGAAACUCAGGAGCAAAUCACUACAGCUCUGAUUCCCAGCUCUCAGCUGGUCUUACCCCUGCAGCUUCAGACGAAGGCAAAGCACUUAUAGGAAAGAAAAAGAUUCUUUCGCCAUCUUCUUCUUUGUUAUCAGGGUCCAGAGAAUUGCUGGAGAAUAUCCCCCCAGGUCCCCUGAGCAGGAGAACUCAUGCCCUUUUAGAAAGGCGUGGUUCAGGAGCUUUCCCUUUAGAUCACAACAGUUCACAAACCAGACCAGGAUUCCUGCCACCCUUAAAUGUGAACCCUCACCCUCCCAUAUCAGAUAUCAAUGUCAGCAACAAGAUUUCCAGCCUUCUUUCUUGUGGUCAAAAAGUGCUUAUGCCAACAGUUCCUGUUUUCCCCAAAGAAUUCAAAAGUAAAAAGAUGUUGUUAAGGAGACAAUCAUUGCAAACAGAACAAAUUAAGCAGUUAGUUAAUUUUUAA